AUGAAGGAUUGGGAAGCUAACCAUCCUCCACCACACAUCCUGGUGCAUAUCAAUCCGGAGUACCUAGCAAAGUUCGUAGAAGGGUACAAGGAAGAUACAGAGUUCCAGAGGAGGUAUAGCGAGCUGGAGAACGGGGAGAAUAAGGCGUCUUGGGAUCAGAGUCGAAGAUUCUUCAAAGACGAGCAAGGCUUGUUAUUCUUCCGUGACGCGAAUUUCCAGCCGAGACUUUGUGUGCCUAAAAACGAGAGAGGCGCCCUCCUCGUAGAAGCACAUGAAGCGGCGUACGAAACCGCACACGCAGGA